UGCUACUGAGGGGGAGCCGGAGUCCUACUCCCACAUCCCAACACGCGCGCCUCCCAGCACACAACCAGUCUGCACACAGUAACUGCACGUCUCCUGCCCACCACCAUCCUAUUUAAGGCCACGGGCUCCGCCCUUUCCACUCUUUCCAUCCUCCUCCUUUUCUCCUCACCGGGUCCUUCUUGCGAGCCGCAUGUAGGGGCGGGGCACGGAAUGCUUCCCUUCCAGCCAAUCGUCAUCUAGCUGUGUCUCUAUUGGCCGAGCCCCUGGAGGCUGUAGCAAAUGGGAUGCGAACUUGGAUAACAUGCGUCACGCGCCGCCGACUAGCCAACCAAUGAGGCCGCGAGGUUCUGAUCUUUGGGUACUCCGGGAGUUGUUCAGCCCCUGCUUCUGAACCUAUGGAUUCUCCAGCUAGCGAUUACUCCUGUUCUUCCUACUCUCUGUCUUCCUGUCUUUCCACCUCCCCAGUGAACAGUGACUUUGGCCUCCCGUCAGAUAGUGAGGGGGAGGACAAGGGGGCCCAUGGCCCCAGGUCAGAUCCUGCUGGGCAGAGGGGAGGUUCUCGGCCCAGCCCGGGGCCUAUCCGCUGCAGGCAACGAACCAAGGUUUCCAGCAACCAACAUACAGCAUCUCACCUGGAACAGCGGGGCUUGGCCUCUCCUAUGGUGGGAUCUGGGGUCAAAAAAUCAAGAGAUGGUGAAUUACAGACCAACGUAAACAUCCAAGGUUGUACCACAGAAGGAGACCUGCUCUUUGCUCAGAAGUGUAAAGAGCUCCAAGGAUUUAUCCGUCCUCUCACAGACCUACUGAAUGGGCUGAAGAUGGGUCGAUUUGAGAGAGGAUUGAGCAGUUUCCAGCAGAGUGUGGCAAUGGACAGAAUCCAGCGUAUUGUAGGUAUUUUGCAGAAGCCACAAAUGGGGGAGCGUUAUCUAGGAACCUUGCUACAGGUAGAAGGGAUGUUAAAGACUUGGUUUCCUCAUAUAGCUGCCCAGAAGUCAUCAUUGAGUAGUAGCAGGCACCAGCUGACCAAGCAUUUUCCAAGCCCCCACAGUUACUCAGCUGCUUCUUCUCCUGCACCUCCCCUGGAAAAGAUGGACAAGACACAGUUAGGACAUCUACUGCUUAAACCAAAGCAGCCUUGGCACCUCACUGAAUGGCCAACUAUGCACCUUACUUGGAUCCACACCACUCCAAUCUGCAACCCCCCCCUCAGUUCCCCAGGUACCAUUUCCUUUAGCCAUGGUCCUUUAGGCACUGGAGCCAGCAUUGGUGUCAUCCUUUUUGUCCAGCAUGGAAUGCAGCCUUUCACCCACUCUGCCCCAACCACUCCAGUUCCGCCCACCACAGCGUCUCCUGUCAUCCCUGUUGAUCCUAAGAAACUCUCUAGAGAGGGACCUCAUUGCCACAGUUUGCCAGCAACUCUGCCAUCAGACUGGAGCUGUACCCUGUCUGGCCCUGGUCUACCCACUAUGGCCAGAGAGAUGACCAUGGGACAUCUAGAGCAAAUGAGAAGCCAUCCUCCAGUUGCUCCUGAGGUCCAUUCUCUCAACCCCUAAUCCAGGACUUGAGACUGUGGUUUCUAAUUUGUGUAAAUGUAUGUCUCUCAUAUAUAUUUUUUACUUUUCAUGUGUACAUUUGUGUUGAGGGAAGAGAAGUCCUUUUUGAUUAAAGAAAUUUUAUACCUGAA